CUGUCAAACAUCGAUCAGAGAUGACGAACGGGCGCGCGGACAGACCGCGAUCAUGAGCUGCUCUCUUCUAGACACAGCCACGACACGUUCAGCGCGUUCGGCCCGGAUCUGACGCACCGCACCCCGCAGCAGCCUCUUAUGGACUCCGAGCGGAGCGGAGCCGCGGUCAGCUGGUGAAGAACUUCUCAGUCUUUACCCCCGUUCCGUCGCACACAGCAGCCUCGCCCGCUCUCCCCAUGAAAAACACUCUCUGGAGCGGCGCGAUGAUGUCGAGCAAAAGCGCGGAGUGGCUGCAGGACGAGCUUCAGUCCGGUGGCGGAUCGCUGCUGCUGCUCGACUGCCGCUCUCACGAGCUCUUCGAGUCCUCUCACAUCGAGUCCGCCAUCAACCUGGCCAUCCCGGGACUCAUGCUGCGGAGGCUGAAGAAGGGCAACCUGCCCAUCCGCUCCAUCAUCCCCAACACCGAGGACAAGGAGAAGUUCGCCAAGCGCUGUAAGACGGACACGGUGCUGCUGUACGACGAGGCGACGGCGGACUGCCCAGAGAGCGGAGGAUCCGUGCUCGGGCUCCUCAUGCACCGGCUGCGGGACGACGGGUGCCAAGCCUUCUACCUGGAAGGAGGGUUUAACCGGUUUCAGACUGAAUACCCGGAGCUGUGUGAGACGAGUCUGGACGUGUCGUGUCCGAGCAGCUCUCCUCCGGCGUCUGUGCUGGGUCUCGGGGGUCUGAGGAUCAGUUCGGACUGCUCUGACGGCGAGUCAGAUCGGGAACCGUGCAGUGCCACCGAGUCCGAGGGCAGUCCCCUGCCCAGUAACCAGCCAACGUUCCCCGUCCAGAUCCUGCCCUUUCUGUACCUGGGCUGUGCCAAAGACUCGGCCAACCUGGACGUCCUGGGCAAGUACAACAUCAAGUACAUCCUGAACGUCACUCCCAACCUGCCCAACAUGUUCGAGCACCACGGGGACUUCAAGUACAAGCAGAUCCCCAUCUCAGAUCACUGGAGCCAGAACCUCUCUCAGUUCUUCCCUGAAGCCAUUUCUUUCAUUGAUGAAGCUCGUUCCAAAAAGUGUGGCAUCUUGGUGCACUGCCUAGCGGGCAUCAGUCGCUCGGUCACCGUCACGGUGGCGUACCUGAUGCAGAAGCUCAACCUGUCGCUCAACGACGCCUACGACUUCGUCAAGCGCAAGAAGUCCAACAUCUCGCCCAACUUCAACUUCAUGGGGCAGCUUUUGGACUUCGAGAGGACACUGGGGCUCAACAGCCCCUGCGACAACCGCUCGACGCCCAACGACCAGCUGUUCUUCACCACACCCACCAAUCACAACAUGUUCCAGCUGGACACGCUGGAGUCCACAUGAAGGCCAGCAGAGGAUGCUGGGUGGGAGCAGCCACCCUUUGAAUGUUUAUCUCCCAUCUCCAGGGGAGCUUUAGACCUGGAGGACAGUCCAGCAGCCGCGGCGAA